UUACCAUGGAAACGUUCAAACGAGCAGUGGCGUCGAGGAGAGAAGAAGCGAGGGAUAGAGAGGACUGUCUGUCUGUCUGGGCGAGGCGCUGAGAUAGUGAGCUGUGGUGGGCGCGGGCAGGUGUGUGGAAACAUGAUCCGGGACAGGCCACAUGCACGGGCUGACGAGCACCCACCUGUCUAUUUCUGAGUCCCGCGGCCCGGCUUCUAUUCUUAGCCAUGGGCAGUAGUGGGCAAGAGGAGGAAGCCCCGGGGAUAUUUCGGGCAUGGGUAGAGGGAGCUAGCGGCAACAUGGCGUUAGCUCUGACUGCCUUAGUGGAACAAGUGCAGUCGUGGGCGAAAGGUGUGGGGCUGGGCGGCCUGCUGACCCUCCUGCCCAAAAUGGAUACCCUGGGAACGCUCCUGGUGGGGUGGAUGGUCUUCGUCACCCUCAUCCUCAUGCUGGGAACGUUCUUUUACUUCAAGUUCAUUCAUACACUGGGAAAUGAGACCUCCAGUGAGCAGGAUGACACAGGCCCAGGCGAAGAGGGUCAGGGCAAGGCCACCAAAGGGAAGGGAGGGACAGGAGCCUCUGGGAGUGCCACGGCGGGGAAGUCUAAGGCAGCAAAGAAAGACGAGGUUGCCAGGAAGCCCACCAUAGUGCCUGACCGUAAGCCCGAGCCCGUGUCAGCCCCUGUAGGCACCGGGGCUGACCCUGACGCUGUGAAGUGGACUAAUAAUGUAUUCACGUGGCUAUAUAACAGUGCCGACGGCGGACAGCUCGUCAGGAAAGUGUGGCUGGAGACCCUCAACGAGAACACCGUCAAGACAGCUAUUGAUACGGGUAUCCUGGUGGAGGUGGUGGAACUCAUGAAGCAGACCCCGGCCCCCGUCUUGUCAAAUAUGGUGGUGGAUUGCUCCCCUACUGACAACGUGACGAUUACAUGCGACUGUGAUGCGACGCUGUACCUCCGCAUCAUCACCACGAGGACCCAGGGCGACCAGACCACCGAGAGCGAGUACGCAUGCGCCGUGACCCCGCUGCGAGGUCGACUCAACCUCGCGGCGGUCACGGCGGAGCUGCUGGCCGUGGCGAAGUUUGAUGGCUGGCCUGAGGUUUCCCUCAAGUUGGAGGGAAUACGAAACAAUUCGACAGGGCUCAAUGAGCAGCAGAUGUUGGACGUGAUUGACGAGGUUCUUACAUCUGCCCUGCGUAACUCAGUCCUCGAAUUCAACUUCCAGCCGACCCUGACCUUUCCCAGGUUUCGACGGGCCCGGCAGGCUCCUGAUCCCAUCAUCCCCGUGGGCUACGACUCUAUGGUACGUGAGAGACAGACUCACCCACCUUCAGCACCUCGUAAAACCCCCAAAGCAGAGUUUGUUCCACUUCAUAACGAGAAACUUGAGGCAGCAGGAGAGUCCUUCACAGCCCUCACCUUCUCCUCUAACCUCACCUCGAGUGAAGAGCAACUCAUAGCAAGGAACCUCACCAAGUACCCCUCGCUGGAGAAUGCCGAGAUGGGACCUGAUGAAAUAGAAGAGUUCUGCAAGACAUGGCAGGAGAACUAUGUGCCUGCUGCUGAUGUUCCUCCUCCCAAAGAAGAGGUACCAGAGCCCCGCCCACCUGCCACCAUUCCCUCCAUCACUGUUGCCACUCACCAUGAAGAGGAAAGUGAACCAAAGACCCAAAACUUUGUCCUCAUGGUGUCCAGCAGAUCCAAGCUCAUUGAUGAGCCCAGAAAUGCCAUGGUUGUCGAGGAAGAUAUGGAUGGCAUGGAGGAGGAGGAGGCAGAGCUGGCAGAUGUGAUGCCGCCUCGGAGACCAUCGGACGAACCUUGCCUCAGGAAGGAAACGGGAAGUCCUCUUCUCUUAGCAGCACCAAAAUACAACAACUUAACAGAACCCGAAGAGGAUGACUUGGAGGAUACUAAGAUGCGGUUUGAUAAGCUGGAUAUCCUUGAGAAACCCCAGCUGGGCGGCUCGGCGGGGCUCGGACCACUCCUGAAGGGACCUUUCACCACCACCUCGCACUCCACCACCAGCCAGCCCAUGGGCAUCCCUGGACUCAAUGGGAAACGUCUGCUUGUUAAGAUUGUGAAGGCAACAGGAGUGGGCUGCGAGAAACCGGUGUCUGAAGCCUACUCGGUGGUGGAGAUGGAUGAGCCGCCCCAGAAGUUCACAACCUCGGUGGUCAAGGACACCAGCUCACCAUUCUGGGAUGAGCAGUUCCUCUUCGACCUGAGUGGCGGCACACUGGAGCUUCUGUUUGAGCUGUACGACAAGACCAAUGGCAACUUCCUGGGUCUGGGCAUCGUGGGUAUUGAGGAACUUGUGGCCACACCCUCCCAGCGACAGAUCAUCCCCCUGCUGUCCCGACCAUAUGAGAAUGACGAGGUCUCUGGAUCACUCACUGUGGAGUUCCUGUUCCUGGACCGAGCUGACCUACCUGACCACACACUGCGCGCCAGCACCACCAGUCAGAGCGUCACACCACGAGGGGAUCUGGUCACCACCACCACCACCACCUACAUCAAGGCCCCGGACAACCAAGGUGCCGUUGGAAGUGCAAGUCCUGGGUCUUACCGAAGAAGAGAGUCCUAUCGAAAGGCCAACAACAUUCGCUCAGACGUUAUUGUGAAUGGCGGGGACAGCGUGGCGGCGGUCGUCCUUCGUGACAUUGAGGAGAAGAAAGCCGUGGUGACCAACAACGCCAGCAAGUCCACCAUGAUCAUCCACGCCUCCAAAAAGGAAUCAUCCAAGAAAGUUAUCCAGGUUCAGCGAGCUCCCAGUGGAGAGUACGAGGAGGUUCUCUCGCAGCCCGACUUCGAUGAGCAACGCAGCUACAUGACAGACGAGCUCCUCAACCUUAUGACAGCCACCACCACCACUGCCACGCCCACCAUCACCACCACGGGAGCCCACACGACAGUCACCACGUCCACCACCACCGCCACACACUCUGCACCAGUCACCACCACUGCAGACACCAGUGAACCAGCAGAGAAUGAUGAUCGAGGAAGGAGCAGAGGCAACCGACGCAAGAGAGACUCCUUCUUUGGCACCUUAAAGAAGAGGUUUAGUCGGUCCAAAGUCCGUUCUAAAAGCAUGGACCCGGGGCAGAGGGAUCCGUCACUGGAGAGGGAUCCUUCCAUCGGUCGUUCUGUCUCCAUGGAACGCUCAUCCGCUCUCAACAGGGCCUCCGAUGAGGCCCAGCCAGGCACACCCUCCACCCAGGACAGUGCUGAGCCAAAGCUUCGGAUCUCCACGAAAAUUAUAAAUGCUUUCGGACGUUUCUUCAAGUUUAAGCGGAGUGAAAAAAUGCCCCCUGGUGCUGGUGGUGAUGCGGGCUCCACUCGGUCCUCCCUCAGCGAUGCCUCAGCCAUCAGCAGCUCCUCCACACGCACUUACGUCAACGAGGCGUCAACACUCAUCGUUGAGACCAGCGAAAAUGGUGUCUUCAAGCACUACCUCAUCCCUUUAUCACUGCAGCAGAAGAGCAAGUGGAGGAAGAAAGGCUUGAAGCUUCAUAUAUUUGGGGAGCACACCUUUGUAGCCAAGCACAUGUCCAGCUCAACACAGUGUGAAGUGUGCCAGAAGAAUCUUGGACGAAGGUUCGGCAAGCAGGGCUACAUAUGCCGGGACUGUGGCUACAAGUGUCACAAGCCGUGCCAUGUGAAAACGGAGACCACCUGCCCCAAGUCAACCGUCAACAACAUGGAUCUCGUGACUGUUGGCGAGGAGGGCAGGGAAGCCCCUCCAGGGAUGCAUCUUAAGUGUACCCAGACCCUCACUUCCCCUCACUCCCCUUACCACUCCCUUCCUACCAUUAAAGAAAACUCCAAUGUUGACAUCCCCAAAUGUAGACCUUCCCCUACCCUAAACAAUGGAGCCCCUUGCCCUGACUCUAAGCCAGUGGAAGGUGGAGGCAGCACUGGCAAGACUAAGGUGCAGCGUUCAAUUUCCUUUGGUAAUGAGAGAGUGAAGCCCAAGUUUACCUCCUUUGGUGAGAGGCAGGGCGAGGGUCCUCCCCCUCCCCCAUCAUCCUCACCCCCCUCCACCCCCCCUGCUGUGAUGGAUUUUCUCCUGCCAGUACUGAAAGUGGAGAAUUGUGAUAGUGACACAAUGCAGCACAGAUAAGGCAAAGAGCUGGCUGCUGUAAAAAAGAGACAUUUUCCCCAAAAAUUUAUCCUUCCCUACUUUAGUUUUUUACAACCUGUAGCUGACAUUUUAAUAUGUUUCCCUUCUGUUCAGUUUAGAAGUGUCUUUACUAAGAUGAAAAUAGCUAACCCCUCCCAUUUUAUAUAUCCUCCUUUAGCUCUUCCUUCAUCCCUUCUGUUAGCAUAUAAUUAUAGUAAGACGUCAAUUUAACUUGAGAUAGAUACCAAAGAAACUCAUAUUAAAUUGAUUUCACUCUAAAUCUGUUUUAAUCGAAUGGAGUUUAUUAGUUUGGUACUGGAGAGACCUCAGUGAUUAAAAUGCAUUUAUUGACAUACAAAAACAGAAAGAACUGAGUAAGGACCAUUCAUAAAUAUAUAGUAUGAGACUGAAGAAGCAAAGAUUCUCUGAGGAUGAUUGAAAUGCUGCUACCUGACAUGAAAUGACACGACAUGUUCUGCUUCUGAUUCAUGUUAAAUUGACGCUCUACUGUACUAUAAAACCAUACUAAAACCUCAUCAUAAAUUCAGUUGUUCGAAUCAAACUUUGUAUAGAUUGUUAGUGUACCGCAGGCAGUGAAAAUCACAGUGUUUGCGUAUCAUGUGUAGCAUAACUUUUUUCCUUCUUUUGUCAUGCUGUACACAUUUUCUCCUAUAACAGUGUGUAUCUGAAAAUCAUACUCAAUUAGAAUUAGAUGAGAUGUGUAAGAGGACAAUCAUAAAAAAGGUAGGUAGAAGCAAUGAGUGUUAUCAAUGCAGGUGGAUUAGUGAUCUAAAGGGAUUAUUACAGGAUAAUCAGAUAGGUGAAUCGUGAGUGGAAUUAUGAAGUAACAAAUGCAAGUGAUGACAAUGUAGAUGAAUGCAUGAAAGCAAUUAAAGGGAGAAAAAGUAGGUUUCCCAAAUGUAUUGCAGACAGGGUGUGGCUGAGGACUGAGUGUCUGAUUUAUAAAUAUGUUAAAGUUUCAGGCAUAGAAAAUAGGAGUGGGGUGAAGCUUAAGUUUAACAGUCAUAUAAAACUUAAGAAGGCUCAUGCAAGUAAUCAAAGCUAAUACAUAAGGAUAUACUAGAUUACACGUGAUAUUGCUCUUCCAUGUCUUGAUUUUUAAAUGCAUCUUGUGAAGAAUGAUGAAAUAUGCAGAAAAAGAUGAUUGAACUUACUGUAGCAUUCCUUUCUUCCACACUCAGAAAAAGAUAUUAAAUUCUAAUAAAAAAAAAGUCUUUCUCAGUGUUCCAAAACAGGGAAGCAAGAGUGAAGAUAUUAGUUGUCUCAUGCUGUAAGGUGUAACGCAGAACAGCUUAACG